AGGAUCCGGGCUGAAUUACUAUUGUUGCGGCUGUAGAGAACGAGGGAAACUCAGGGGAUCAGUCUGUUGGAAUUCCUUUCUCUGAGAAGAACUUAACGCUUCAUCUUUGGGUUAAUUAGAAUAUUGACGGUGUCCUACAAUGAUCAUCCCUGUGCGGUGCUUCACGUGUGGGAAGAUUGUGGGUAACAAAUGGGAAGCUUACCUCGGCCUCCUUCAAGCAGAGUACACCGAAGGUGAUGCCCUUGAUGCCCUGGGCCUGAAGAGGUACUGCUGUCGGAGGAUGCUCCUUUCUCACGUGGAUCUUAUUGAGAAAUUAUUGAAUUAUGCUCCUCUGGAGAAAUAAUAAAUGAUGAAAGAACUUUCUGGACUUUGCAACGCUGUGACUUGGACAGAUUCAUGUUAUAUUUAUGUUAUGUUAAUGUCAAUUACAGUCACAAUCCUCUCAACAUUCAUUUCUGCACCUGUUUGAUGAUUUACAUUUUCUAAAUAAAACUGUUGAAGACA